AUGAGCUUGUUAAAGAUCCCCUUCAUCGUAGGUUCGGCUAUUGGUGUCUAUGUUUCGUUCACUUCUUCUGCUCCGCCACCGUCACCUGGCGAGUUCGUGGAACCCCCCGCGUUCGAAACUUUCAUGACAUGGCCUCUGAGACGUCUGGGACGUAUGGGAAUAGAUACGAAGAAGGUCUUCGUGUGGGCAACAUCGUUCGCUGAAGUGGCCAGUAUCUUGGCCACGCAUAUAAAUUCAUCGCAACUUCCAGAGGGCACCUAUGGCGCCAGAGCAUUGCAGCUUAUACGCUCUCUUCACCCUACGCCAAUCACCCCGGCUUUCAUCGCUGGUAGCCUUGCCUUCAUAAUUGGCGGCGUGAUAAGGCGUUAUUGCGUGGUGACCUUAGGGAAACGCUGGAGCUGGCCAAUCAGCGUCAGAAAAGAUCACACACUUGUGACAAAUGGACCGUACUCGUUCGUCCGCCACCCAAGCUACACGGGGUUUAUUGUCCAAUAUAUAGGGCUCGUCGUCAUGUAUGGACACCGGGAAUCGUGGUUGAGGCAGUCUGGGUUUUUACAAGUGCCUUUCGUAAAAAUUAUAUCAGCAACAGGUUUCUACGCGUUUACUCUAGGUACUUUCAUUUGUAUCAUUCGACCUGCAGUGGAGGACAAGAUGCUCCGGAGUGCGCUGGGAAAAGAAUGGGAGGAUUGGGCGAAGAAGGUGAAGUACCGAUUGCUUCCUGGAGUUUAUUGA